GUUUUGCUCCAAACCCAUUGGUUCGGAUCCGAAGCACCAACGAAGUUCAACGGCUCAGAUUAAAUCUAAUGUCCUCACCAUUUCUUCAACUAUAUAUAAACUCUUGAGAGACCUGCUUUCGAAAAUAGAAGAAAAAGGAGAGUGAGUUCGAGAUACUUCGAUUUGUUUUUGUUCGAUUCGAAUUUGGAUUUGCGGGUUUCGAAUAGGGUUCGGGAAUUUCUGUUGCGAUGGGGGAAGGUGAGCACCAGAAGGAGGAGCAUCAUCACGAGGAAUCGUUGAUGGAGAAGAUUGCUGAUAAGAUCCACGGCCACGAUUCGUCUUCAUCGUCAGAUUCGGAUAACGAGAAGAGCAAUGAUUCGUCAUCUUCCUUGAAAUCCAAGGUUUACAGGCUCUUUGGGAGAGAAAGGCCUGUCUACCAUGUCUUCGGCGGUGGAAAACCGGCUGAUGUUUUCUUGUGGAGGAACAAAAAGGUAUCUGCAGGAGUGCUUGGAGUUGCGACGGUCAUGUGGGUUUUGUUUGAAUUGAUCGAAUACCACCUACUCACUCUUAUUUGUCAUGUGUUGAUACUCGCUUUGGCCUUGUUGUUCUUGUGGUCCAACGCCUCCACCUUCAUCCACAAGACUUCACCCCACAUUCCAAAGCUCAGCAUCCCAGAGGAGCAUGUUCUUCAGGUUGCCGACGCUCUUAGAAUCGAGAUCAAUGGAGUUCUUUCUGUUCUUCACAGUAUCGCAUCCGGGCGUGAUCCCAAGAAGUUUCUUUCAGUGAUUGCUGGCUUGUGGGUUCUGUCUAUGGUGGGAAAUUGUUGCAACUUCUUGACCUUGUUUUACAUAGCUUUUGUCUUGCUUCAUACUGUGCCCGUACUCUAUGAGAAAUUUGAUGACAAAGUUGAUGCAUUUGCUGAGAAGGCUAUUAUCGAGUUCAAGAAGCAGUAUGCAGUGUUUGAUGCAAAGGUGUUGAGUAAAAUUCCUAGGGGACCAUUGAAGAGAGAUUGAAGAGGUGGUGGGGGUGAGUGGACUUGAUUGAUGACACAUCUUCUCUUUUCUGACAUAUAUAUUUACUGCGUAGCUUUUAUAAUACCUAGUGCUGUGAAGAAUUUUAUCCUUGCUUGGCUAGAAUCCUCAUUCUUCUCUUUCUCCUCUUAUCUUUUUCUUUUAUUUUUUUCCAUUUAGAGUCGUUGGGUUCUCAAUGUGAAUGGAUGUUUCUAUGGGAUUUUGUUUAAGAUGUUCUUCCUUCGUAUAUGACAAGUUGGAUGGUAUUUGUGCUACGACUUGGUAUAAAAAUGGAUGAUAAUUAUAGCA